UAGAUAUUGUCUUUUUUCUUUUUCAUUUUCCUUUUUUCCUUUUUAUUUGUUGGCUUUCCGAGUUCAUCUGCGCGCUUCGACAAUAGGGAUCAUUGGAGAAUCACGGUAUUGAUCAUGGUUGGGAUACAAUGGAACGGACUCUGUUGGGGGUGUUGGGGUAUUCCUUUUGAGCCAGCAAAAUUUCAACCAGCUACGACGGAUUUGGGACAUCUGCGAGGCACAUGGAUUGGGAGUCGUGCGUGCGACAAGAUUGUUCUGAGUGUCCAUAAUUCUUGUACUGUUCUUCAUAUUACUUAUACUGUUCUUCGUCUUGUGUUUACAUAUGCUUUCCCUGCGGGAUUUGUCGUUCUUUCCCUCAAAAGUCGAGACGUGAUUAUUGGUUUGGCCAGCCCGAUGCCUGCGUUCUCUCGUAUCGCCUUUCAGCGUGUGUGAUGUACAGCAUAGUCAGAGCUCAGCUGGGCAGGGGGUCAUGGGCGAUUGGGGUGUAGAUCAACUAUAUGAGAAUCCUUUCACUACCUAACCUGUGGAUAUCUAUGCAUUGGUCGUCGUGAUAAAUUGUGGGCGAUUAAAUUAAGGGUGCCAUUAGAGAGGU